AUGGCUACAGAAACGCUGACCCGGUCCCGUGAGCAACACAGGUUUCAGUCGCAUGUCGCAUUCGACAAUAUCCCUCUGGGCGAAUCAACCGACUACAACCCGAUUGCGUUUACACUGAAUGCCAAGCACGAUGGAUAUCAAUCUAGUAGAAGGAGUCGCACAUUCAUGGUGGGAGUCGACGACAAUACCUACUCGGAUCAUGCGUUACAAUGGCUCCUAGACGAGUUGGUGGACGAUGGUGAUGAGGUCGUGUGUGUGCGGGUGAUUGAAACCGCGAUGCGACUGACAAACACCGCAUACCAGGAGGCUGCGCAAAAGUUGAUGGCCGGCGUUCAAGCAAAGAACAAGAAGAACCUGGCUAUAUCACUGGUGUUGGAAUACGCUGUGGGUAAACUACACAAUACCUUCCAGCAUUUGAUCAAGAUCUACCAGCCAUCGAUGCUUAUAGUCGGCACAAAAGGGCGCAGUCUUGACAGCGUCUCGAAUGCUUUCUUCAACAGGAGCUCAUUCUCCAAGUACUGCCUUCAGUACUCGCCAGUGCCCGUUGUUGUCGUGCGUCCUACUGAGAAGCGCGAGAAGAAGCGGCUUAAGCGCGCCCAAGAUCCUGCUCGCCAGAGUUAUCUGCAGAUGCUCCCUGGUCAGAAGCACGAAGCCGAUAGCGAGAACAGUAGUAUCUAUGAGCUGGAACCCAACCUCAGUGCCGCCGAAGAAGCCCACCGGGUAGCUGUGGCCAAUGGCCUUCCAGCUAAAUACGACCCGACUCUCAAACCUCUAGAUACAGAUGCAAUCCUUCGUCAUGCAAGCCGAUCCCGCCGCUCGCUUGCGAUGGAGCCUCCGACUGCAGAGGCCGUGGCAUUGGCAGAGAGCGGUAGGUUGCCCGCAGAGCCGGACAUGAAUGGUGAUGAUACGGAAUCCGACGAGGACGACGACGAGUUUGAAGUUACGACGGGCGAGCAGGCGCUGAAGAAGGAGCGUCUGCACAAGAUGGAGUCCAAUGAAGGAGCCGUACUUAAGGAGAUGAUUCAACGAAAGCCAAGCGAUGAGUCGAUCGAGGAGGAGUCUGAUGAGGGUGAUGGUGGUGCCAAGACAGCCACACAAUAA